AACCAACCCGACGCUCAGUCUCAAUCUGACAAUUUGUGGUGCCGGCACAUUUAACAAAACGCACCUUAAACCUUGUGCUAUUAGAAAAUGCACCCAGCUUCUUCCUCCGAGUCCUUUCUCAGCCCCCCACAUCCCCACUUCCUGAGUCGUGACUCGUGAGCGAGAUGCGACACGCGAGAGGGGGCGAGGCCGCGAGGGUUUAGCCGGUUGGCGCCGAAGCCGCCGCCGCCGAUCCUCUCCGGCAGCCGAACUCGCAGCUUGCGGCGCAUCCCUUCCCCACUUCCGGCGGUAUGGACAGCACAAAGGGGACGGCGGUGGCGAGGCUCUGCGACGACCUGAUGGUGGAUAUCCUCUCUCGCUUGCCCGUCAAGGACCUCCGCCGUUCCACGUGCGUGUCCAAACCCUGGCGCGACCUCGUCACCGACCCCCUCCACCGCAAGAAGCUGCCCCAGACCCUGGAAGGUUUCUUCCACGGUGGUGCUGGCGAGCGUCACAGCUAUGGGCACUUCACCAGCCUGUCGGGGAGGGGAGAAUCUGCUCCUCCAGUCGACCCUUCCUUCUCCUUCCUCACGGCGAAGCUGCCUUGGGUCGAGCGCAUGGACCUCUUGGAUUCCUGCAAUGGGCUCCUGCUCUUUGGGUGCACCACGGAGAACAAGUUUGGGUACAUCGUGUGCAACCCUGCAACCGAGGAAUUGGUGACCAUACCCGCCAGCUCUGGUUCUUGUCCGCCUCCUUCGCUUACUCCAUUGGAAGACAAAACUAUCGCUGUCUGUGAUGGGGAUAUAUAUGCACACACCUAUCUGAUGUUUGACCCGAUUGUCUCCUCGCGCUUCCACUUGGUCCAGUUCUGGCAGGAUAGGUCGACGUGUGAGGUGAAAAAGGUGCACUCUUACUCGUCUGAAACCAGGGCAUGGAGUGACACGUCAAACAAGUGGGAGCCAGGUGAAGAGCGCUGUGGAUGGGGGGUACUGCGGGGUCGUGGUGAAGCCAUAAUCGAAUUCACGCGUGGCAGGGCUUUGGUUGAUGGUCUGUUGCUUUAUAUUGAAGCUGUUCUCCUUUUCAUGCGCGGCAGGGCUUGGGUCAAUGGUCUAUUGCAUUUUGUUGCCUACCAUUUUGAGGAAGGAGAGAAUCUGAUAGUUGCGGUGGAUGGGGAAGGGACAAUUUGUAGGAUCAUUUGCCCACCUGUUAAGCAUGUAGAUGCCAAUGCUUUUAUUGGUCAAUCCCAAGGCCAUCUGCACUGCAUCAGUACGAAUCUGAUAUCUCAAUACUUCAAUUACCAUUUCACGCAACUGUCAAUUUGGGUUCUUGAGGACUAUGAUACACAAGAAUGGAUCCUGAAGCACAAUGUGAGCUUUCCGCAGCUCUUUGGAUCACCGAGUUGCCCAAUCGACAACCACGAUAUUGUGGUCAUUCAUCCGGACCACAAUUCGAUAAUCCUUGUUCAGCACUGGAACCAGAAACUGGUGUCAUAUGACAUGGAUAGUAAGGAGCACCGUGUUCUCUGCACUCUAGGAGAGGGAUAUCGGUCCAUUACCCCGUAUGUUCCCUAUUUCAUGGAGUCACCAGUUCUUGCCACCAAGGACUGAGGUUGUUGCUUGUGGGAUACUUCUCUGAAUGUUCAGAAAGAGCUUGAUCUUCCAAGUAUGGGCAACUAGCAGUGUGGGUAAAUCUAAAUAUUAGCUGGUGCAAAUUUGGAUUAAUCUAUUAUCAAUAGGUGAUCUAUUCUGCUGGUGCUUUACUGUAACCCUUUUUGUAAUGUUGUGAGAGUUGUUUACUAGACAGCAUGCAAUUUAGCAUUAAAUAUGCUAGUUCUUUUGUUAAUGCACAAUGCCAUGAACUAGCCAACGGUCUAGUUUGAGCUACCCAGCAGUCGUGAGUUUGAAAUGCUACCCUUUAUGUUUCUGGAAUGAUGUCUCCAUCUUUUAUA